AUGGUGGCAGCGGGUACCCCACCCGCCCCUCCCUCCGAUGUCCCAGUUACCCACGCACCACUCCCCAACCCCACGGUCGAGUGCGCGAAUAACCUAGGUCCCGGCCCCUUACUAGCCCCUGAGCCGUACGUUCCAGAGAGCGCCAUACGCGAUUGGCUCCGAGACCUGGAACUCUUUUUGUUCACGGUCCCCAUUAAUCAACGCACAUGUUAUCUGAUACGGUUCCUUUCCACCCCCGCCCAUAAGCGUGCUUUCGACGCUGGCAUCGACCACACGACACCGUUCGACGUAGCACGUCGGACUGUUUUACAGCUUUUCCACACACCGUCCUCCACAGGAAUGGCUGCUGAACGAUUUGCCACUCUAAGACAGGCGCAUGACCAGUCGGUCGAUGACUUCGCCAACCAGCUGUCCCACCUCGCCCUAUCGGCGUUCCCCAACCUCCCCCCACCAGACCGCGACACCCUUAUCCUACACCGUUUUAUUACCGGCCUCAGCGAUUCGAACGCUACAGAUAUCCUUCUUCUUCAUCCCCCUCCCAGCUUAACUGCUGCGAUACAACAGUGCCGCCUGUACACGGCUAACCAUCAAGAACGUAAACCCAACCCAGUGCCUCAUACCGUUACCCCUCGCCCAGAGUCACGUCCACCCACCCGGAAGGCGCAUCUCCCCGUACGGUUCCCGCAUCAUAAUCCGGGCUGUGAAUACUGCGCAGCGUUCGGCCCCGAUGCCCGCCACUGCGGCCAUAAUCCCCCCCGUAAGUCGUCUCCCAAUGACUUUAUUUCCUUUUCGGAUACCUCUUGCACCCACACGUUUACAGUUAAUGUUUUACUCAACGACCAUACGUUACCAGCCCUAGUUGACACUGGUGCUAAUGCCUCCCUUAUCAAUGUUCAUAGUUUACCUCAAGAGUACCUUAGACUCAUAGAACCGCCACCGAAAAUCCCCAAUUUACGAGCCGCUAACGGGACUGGUAUUCCUGUUGCCGGUAGCAUCACUCUCCAAUUCGUCAUCAACGAUUCUACCCUGACUUAUCAUUUCCUAGUGACUCCUGUUAGCCCCUGGCCCAUCGUUCUAGGACUUGAUUUCCUUACCGAUAACGACUGCACUAUUUAUACCCGGCAUAGACGCCUAGUGAUAGGCUACCCCACCUCCCCGACUGUAACACCAAGCCCGUCAGACGAUCUCGACCUCGCAUAUAACGCCGUCCUCUCAGCUGCAGCCCUAGAGCCUACCCGUUUGAGCGAUGUCCUACCUACCCUUUCAACAGUCGGCCCCGUCGCCCAUAAGCAAAAAAGCGACCUACUCGCUUCGUUUCCCGACCUGUUCUCCUGGUCCACAGACACGCUCGGCCGUACACGACUGGUACAACACACCAUCGACACGGGCGACGCCAAACCCCCCUUGCAACCCCCUCGACGUAUACCUGUUCGUUACCGUGACGAGGUCGACAAGCUUCUAGACGAGCUGUUACGGGCCAAGAUUAUCCAACCAUCCUCCUCCCCUUGGGCUUCGCCCAUUGCACUAGUUCCCAAGAAGGAUGGUUCCCUACGCCUGUGUGUUGACUACCGCCGCUUAAAUGCAGUAACAGUAAGAGAUUCAUUUCCGUUGCCGCGGCUAGACGAUACACUAGAUGCGCUAGGCCAGGCUGCCUGGUUCUCAACCCUUGAUCUCAAGUCAGGGUACUGGCAGGUGGAAAUCCACACCAACGACCGCCACAAGACGGCCUUCACUGUCCCCCAGGGUUUAUUUGAGUUCCAAACGCUCCCGUUCGGCCUAUGCAACGCAGCAGCCACCUUCCAACGGUUAAUGUACCGUGUACUCCGCCACCUCAUCCCCUAUAAAUGCCUCGUCUAUCUCGACGACAUCAUUGUAUUUGGGCGUUCCACAGAAGAGCACAAUUCAAACUUACGGGAGGUUAUGGAGGCGCUCCAGGAAGCUGGCCUUACUCUCAACCCCAAUAAAUGUCUUUUCCUCCGCUCCGAGGUUCAGUUCCUCGGCCACCUUAUUUUCCCCGGCCGUAUCUCCCCACUGCCAGACCGGAUUAAACACAUACGUACGUGGCCGACCCCGACCAACCAAACGGAGCUGCGGAGUUUCCUGGGCCUCGCGUCGUACUACCGACGUUUCAUCCGGGAUUUUGCCCAAAUCGCCGCCCCCCUGCACAAGCUAACCGAGAAAGGUCGCCCUUAUACGUGGUCCGCCGACUGCGACACCGCCUUCAACAACCUACGUGCGGCAUUAUCCUCGGCACCACUCCUAACCCUCCCAAACGUCGACGACGACGCUCCACCGUUCAUCCUAGAUACGGAUGCAAGUGGGUUCGCCAUUGGGACUGUCUUGUCCCAAGUCGGUAAGGACGGCGUAGAACACCCUAUUUGUUUCGCCAGCAACACACUGACCAAAACUCAGCGUAACUACUGCGCCUUCAGACGAGAACUGUUGGCGAUCAUUACGUUCAUUCGCCAGUUUAAACACCUCCUUGUCGGCCGACGGUUUAUCCUACGUACAGUCCAUCGCGCCUUAGAAUGGCUACGCGCCAUCAAGGACCCGAUGGACCAGCUAGCCCGUUAG